UGGAAAGCAAAUGUCAAAAUAAUAAACAAAUAAAAUAGAGGAAAAAGGAAGUUCAAGGGAGGUGGAGAGGGCAGAAGUUAGGGCUGGCCUUUUCUUACCGAUCAGGGCUUCUUUGAUCGUUCUUUGGCCUUUUUGUUGCUCUUGUGUUGGCUAAUUUGAUCUGAAGAAGUAUGGUAAGGGGUUCGCUCGGAAAGCUCUUUUCCCAAUCGCUCUCGCUGGCCGGAAAAUGGCAGCAACAGCAGCUAAGGCGGCUCAACAUCCAUGAGUACCAGGGUGCUGAGUUGAUGAGCAAGUACGGGAUAAAUGUUCCGAAGGGUGUUGCUGUGUCAUCUGUUGACGAGGUGAAGCAGGCUCUCAAGAAUGUUUUUCCUCAGAAGAAGGAGUUGGUUGUCAAAAGUCAAAUUCUUGCUGGUGGAAGAGGCUUAGGGACCUUCAAAAGUGGACUAAAGGGUGGGGUGCAUAUUGUGAAAGUUGAGGAGGUUGAAAAUAUAGCUGGUAAGAUGCUUGGGCAAAUUCUUGUUACCAAGCAAACUGGUCCCCAGGGGAAAAUUGUGAGCAAGGUGUAUCUGUGCGAGAAGUUAUCCCUUGUAAAUGAGAUGUACUUUGCCAUUACCCUUGACCGAUCUAGUGCUGGCCCACUUAUUAUAGCUUGUAGAAAGGGAGGAACGAGCAUAGAAGACCUUGCAGAGAAGUUCCCAGAUAUGAUUAUCAAGGUUCCUAUUGAUGUUUUCAAAGGAAUCACAGAUGAGGAUGCUGCUAAAGUUGUCGAUGGUCUUGCACCAAAGGUGGCUGAUAGGAAUGCUUCAAUUGAACAAGUGAAGAAGCUUUAUGAACUAUUCUGCAAGUCUGAUUGCACCCUACUGGAGAUCAACCCAAUUGCUGAGACAUCUGAUAACCAGCUAGUGGCUGCUGAUGCUAAGUUGAACUUUGAUGAUAAUGCUGCUUUCAGGCAGAAAGAAAUUUUUGCUCUGCGUGAUUCAUCUCAGGAAGACCCAAGAGAGGUUGCUGCUGCCAAAGCUGAUCUAAACUACAUUGGACUGGAUGGAGAAAUUGGAUGCAUGGUUAAUGGUGCAGGAUUGGCAAUGGCUACCAUGGACAUAAUAAAACUGCAUGGUGGUACACCUGCCAAUUUUCUAGAUGUUGGUGGGAAUGCUUCAGAAGGCCAGGUUGUUGAAGCAUUCAAAAUAUUAACUGCUGAUGACAAAGUGAAAGCAAUUUUGGUUAACAUAUUUGGAGGAAUCAUGAAAUGUGAUGUGAUUGCAAGUGGCAUUGUUAAUGCUGCAAAGCAGGUUUCAUUAAAGGUGCCUGUGGUGGUUCGUUUGGAAGGAACCAAUGUUGAUCAAGGGAAGAGAAUUCUCAAGGAAAGUGGCUUGGCUUUGAUCACGGCAGAAGACUUGGAUGAUGCAGCGGAGAAAGCAGUGAAAGCUUCAGCAACUUAGAUUCUGAUUUGAUUUUGUUCUGUUUGAAGUAGGCAAGAAAUAUGCUAAUUUAUCAGCAGAAUUUGCUUCAUUUUUUGAGGGAAUUUGUUCCUGAGAUAAAUUUUUAUAGAACUGGUUCAAGAGAAAACCAUAUGAAAUAAAGCAGUGUUCAUCUUUAAACCUGCUGAAUUAAAAUUCAUGGAGAAUUUCUCCAUUAAUUUGUUUUUUUAAUAGUUGAUAUCGUCAAAUAUCUGUAUGUUUUUAUUUUUUUUUGGGUAUUUUAAUGUCUUCAGACGUGCUAUUUAAGCUUCUAAAUUGAGACAAUCAAGAUAGUAGUUUGUUGCCUUU